AGAAACCGAAAGCUGUGUUAUAAAGUUCAGUGUUACUCUAUCAUGUAUUAUACCACGCUUGCACUUUUGAUAAGUUUAGUUUUAUACGUUGGUUUAAUUAGUGCUAAUGAGCCGGAAACAGUUGCGUAUUUUUAUGAAAAGGGUGUAGAAGCUUAUUUAGAAGAGAGGUACCCUCAGUGCGUGGAAAAACUUGAGGCAGCCCUUAAAAGAUACCGGUACUUAACCAAGUCCACUCAACAUUGCAGGUUGAAGUGUAAACACGAUCAUGAAAAUGAAGCGCCCUUCUAUCCGGAAAAUAUUGAUGAUUUACAAUUUUUCGAAAAAAAUUUAAAAAUAACUCUUUGUAUAUUACGAUGUAAGGCGAGAAAUAGUGAUAACUCGGAGUACCUCGGAGGAGAGCUGGAGAAAAUUUUUGAGGAGAGAAAACCAUAUGAGUACCUGAAUUUAUGUUAUUACAAGAUAAAUGACAAACAAAAAGCUGCAUCGGCAGCUUUCACCUUCUUGGUGGCCCAUCCGAACCACCCAGUUAUGUCGAAAAAUUUGGACCAAUAUUCGCAGAUGCCCGAGGUCGAUAUGAAAGAUAUUAUCAACUUCGAAGCUGAGGAUUACGUAUACCUGUAUGCAUAUGGUGCUGAUGCAUAUGAAAAGAAAGACUGGAACUCUGUUAUAAAUCAUAUGGAAGAAAGUUUGGUGUCCUAUCUACAAGCCGAAGAUGAAUGUAGGGCCCAUUGUGAAGGUCCAUUUAACCCUGGAUGGCAUCCAGAUUUUAUCCCUGCCAUUGCAAAUCAUUUCUCUUUUGUGUUGAAAUGCAAGAGGAAAUGUGCCAGUCUACUUGGUACUCUUAAUGGAGAAAAAUACGAUGAUCUAUUGGCCAGUCAUUAUCAUUACUUGCAGUAUGCUUAUUUUAAGAAGGGAAAUAUGCCAGCAGCUUGCCAAGCGGUUUCCAGUUACCUUCUCUUAAUUCCUGAUGACAUCACUAUGUUGGAAAACAUGAAAUACUAUGCUAAACUUCCAAAAGUUUUAGAUGAAUACUUCCAACCCAGAGAAGAAGCGGUCCAUUAUACGCAAAGAGACACCUAUGAAAGAAAAAUUCUUGAAUUUAUCAAAGACGAGUUUAAGCUACCCGAGAGGCCUGAAGUCAAAAUUAAGGGUGAUACUGCUUCUGGUAACGAUUCCGCCCAGUUUGAAAUUGAUCUUCAUGUUCAGCCUAAAUGAUGUUUAUAUAUCCUGGGGUAUUUUAUAAUCGACCUUGAACUAUCACCCCGGAAUAAUUUAUCUUCGUUAACAUUUUAAAUAUUUAUAGACUUCGAAACCUCCUAAGACUACUUGUUUAUAGUUACGUGCCAUGUACUUUUUUUAAUGUUUACAGAUAAAAAUAAAUGACUGAUUCGUUA